UUUCCUCUCUUCUCCUUACGCUUAUAUAUCUCAUCCCUCACUCUCUCCCAAACAUUAAUUUCAUUUUCUCUUCCAACAAUCUUCAAUGGAACCAACAUGCUUGGAUACUUCACUCAAUCUCAACGUUGAUCCUUCUUCUGUUCACACGGAUAUGGUGUUGGAGGAAGAGUUGCAGAGGCUGAGACGUGAGAACAAGAGGUUGACUGAGAUGUUGACCGACUUGUGUGACAGCUACAUGGUUUUGCAGAAGCAACUGACCCAAUUGAAGAACACAAAUUUUGAGCAAGACCAACUCGAAUCACGCAAGCGAAAAGCAGAGAGCGAGUGUUGUACCAACAAAUUUGGUGUUGUUAACAACAACAAUGUUGAGUGCAGCUCCAUAACAGAGGAUUCCUUCAAAAGGUACAAGGAUUUCAGCUCCUCCCCAAAGGUUUCCAAGGUUCUUGUAAAGACAGAAGCUUCUAAUAACAGUUUAUAUGUGAUGGAUGGAUAUCAAUGGAGGAAAUAUGGUCAAAAGGUGACCAGGGAUAACCCUUCUCCUAGAGCUUACUUCAGGUGCUCCUUUGCCCCAAGCUGCCCAGUUAAAAAGAAGGUGCAAAGGAGUUUAGAAGACCCUACAAUACUUGUUACAACAUAUGAAGGAGAGCAUAAUCAUGGUCAUCAAAGAGGUGAAAUUGAAGGAGGAAAAGGGUCAAGUCCAGUUUCUUCACCAACACCCACAAUUGGAAGUGCUUGCCCUACUGUAACGCUUGAUUUGGUCAAAUCAGGAUUCUUUGAAACUGCCCAAAAGUCAUCUGUCCAACAAUUUUUGGUUCAACAAAUGGCUACUUCUUUGACAAGGGAUCCCAAUUUCACCACAGCACUUGCCACUGCCAUUUCAGGAAAAAUUCUACAGGCCAAAUGGUGAAUCAUUAAUUUUAAAAAUAAUCUUUUUUAAUUGGAACAACAUCGAAAAAGGUUAUUUUCUUAGCACAUGUUGCACUUAGCAGGGAGUAUGUUAGAUUGUUUGCUUCUUCCCAGAGACUGCAGAGUCAAAUAUAUAUACAUAGAAGGAUUGUAUAUAGAAAAGUAAAGUCAGAGAAAAAACAAUGGGGAAAAACAGGUUGAAAUUCCAUUGGUAUUUGCAUUUCCUUUCCAAUAAAUUUAUGAACUUUUUCUUUUUCUGCCCA